AAGCAACCCGGAGCGACAAACUGACGGCACACUAACGACUCAACGGUUAUCAUCCAACAUAUCGGGAGAUUUGAAUACGAUAGCAGGGAGAAGAAAGAAACCGGGCAAGAGGUUGGAAGCUCCGCUUUUGGAUUGGAAUCGAACAUCGCCGUAUCGUGUUACCAUUUUCCCUAUCACACCCGUUUCCCUAGUCACCCUAACCCGCUCAGUAAAGAGGGUAAAAGGAGAAAAGAAAAAAAAAGGGGGAGUUCGUACCAAGGUCCAAACGGCGGGAGAUUAUCACCGUCCCGGAGACCCAGACAGCUGUCAUCGCUCGAACGCUUUGCUGCUCCGCUGCUACUCCGACCGUCUGUCGCUGCCAACGGGGGCUGCUGCACUUGCCCAAGCACAGACCUGCAGGGCCACAAUCAAACCCACGCGGGAUUUCCUUUCUGGCGAACAGUCAAUAGAGUGAGGUCUGGUGUCUCCUAAAGUGUAAUUGGCCCUAUCCGUGAUUUGCGAGCCUUUCUCGGGUUCCCACAGGAACAGUGCAAGAAUCGUCCUUACUGUCUUCCGUAUAGCUGAUCCCGGCUGGAAGGAAUUCUGGAAGCCUGCCAGGGACAGAUAGACAAGAGGUGGAAGAGCACUGCGCGGGAAUGGCUGAUUAUGCGGCUCUCCUGGGGAUGGGAUCUCCUGCAGUAGCAGCGUUGGUUGACUCGAAUGGAAGAAGGCGUCCGUCAUUGCAGCAAGGUACAUCUUCGUCGAAAGGCACCAGUAAUGGGUCAAAGUCGAGAAACCGGUCGUCAUCUGCUACAGCCACAGGGGCUACAAACCAUAUUAGGGUACCCCCAAUGCUCAGCUCAUCCGCUUCUAUGGCUACGAUAGCAUCCACAAGCUCAGCAAGCAGUAGCUGCAAGGGGAGCUUAUCGAGGCAUGAUUCUUACACUGAUAUGGUUGCGCGGGGGUUUCCCCAACCGACAACAGGGUUGGGUGUGACAAGGGAGGGGCAGAUGAGGGAAUUACCCACAGCCCCGGUAUUCGAGCCAGGUAGAUCGGUUUCCAGCAGGAAAAUCAUGUCUGAUGAGGAAAUGCGGGAGGAGGACGAUCGAUUUGGGACUGUGGGUGUGUUGGAGUAUCGGGCUGAGGAUGGGCAGGCUAGUAAAGUUGCCGCUGAGGUUGGAAUGAGAAGGAUGCCGGGAAUAACAAGGAAGAUAUCGGAUUCUAGAAGGAUUAUUAGGCCUCCAUCGCCGGGAAGUAAGGAGGACGAUGGCGGGGGGAGCAUUGUUUUGGCGCAGGAAUUGGAACAGAGGGUUGCUUUAGCGACAGAUCAAUUGGGCAUUCCGGCUGGCUCAGCGGCUGGCUCUAAGAGGGGGUCAUCGAUGUCAGCGGCAGCUUCGACAGUUCAGGGAUACACCUCAUCGUCAGAUGAGGCAUCUACAUCGUCUUCAUUGAAAUCUGCAAGGUCCCGCAGCUCAACAUCAGGUACAUCAGGAUUACCCCAAACCAUUUCGUUUUCCCACUCAAAGAGGCGUGGUUCUAAGACACAAAUGGUACCAGCACCCCUGGAUUUGCAGAGUUGGGCAGAUAAGGGCGGUUCUGCUAGUAGUACGUCUGCGAAUUCAACAUCAGAGAGGCAAUCGUCCUCAAGACCGCAAACAGUGCCGCCAGCGCGCUCUGCUACCGCUUCGCCACUAAAGUAUGCUAGCCUUUCUGUUAGAAAUAAGCAAAAUGGUGGACUUGAGGUCCCCAACCCAGUCACAACCCCGGGAUCUCCAGGGUCUCGGCUAUCUUCAUUGGCCAGCCCGUCCGGAUCUACCCCAGGGCAGAAGACUCGAUCAAUAUCAGCAACAGCAUUGAAUUCUAUGGUAGCUCGUUCAGAUAGUACGUCUUCAGUCGCUACUGCUCCUUCAUACACUUUCAAAAACCCACCUGCAUCAACAACUACUCCAGUGAAUACAUCUAGAUCACAGAAAAGUCUUUCAUCCCGAGACCGAAAAGAGUCAUCCAAAGUAUCAUUAGCAACAUAUGCGGCCAGUGCGAAGAAUAGGCCACGACACCCGCCCAGCCUUGAACCUCCACUCCCAGAUCCCAGAAGUGCACCUUCCGUGGCCCCAGCUCCUGCCAGUGGUAUGUAUUGGUACAAGGCUCCAACCCAUGGACAGGAUAGCAUGCCAUUAAGAGCACAUACCUGCACAUUAGUAGGGAGUAGCGUAUAUGUUUUCGGAGGAUGUGAUGUGCGAACGUGUUUUAAUGAUCUCCAUGUUUUUGACGCAGAUUCAAUGUCCUGGUCCAAGCCCGCAGUCUACGGUGAGAUUCCACCGCCACUAAGAGCAAUGACUACUACAGCUGUCAACAAAAAGUUAGUGAUAUUUGGCGGUGGAGAUGGACCAACAUACUACAAUGAUAUCUACGUCUUCGACACCGUGACAAACCGCUACGCCAGGCCAAAGUUAGCCGGUGGCCAACAACCUUCCCGGCGGCGAGCCCACACCGCUUGUCUGCACAAGAACGGGAUCUACGUAUUUGGCGGAGGCGACGGCGUCCGGGCCCUGAACGAUGUAUGGAGGCUAGACGUCUCGGACUUGACUAAGCCUUCUUGGAAACUAAUAUCCGCCCCGCCCCGCCCUGCACGACCGGCGGCGAGGGGGUACCAUACCGCGAAUAUGGUGGGAUCGAAAUUGAUUGUGUUUGGGGGGAGCGACGGUGACGAGUGCUUUCGGGAUGUGUGGGUUUUCGACCUGGAAACCAAUGUCUGGAAGUGCGUUAGCAUCAAGACUAGUUAUCCGCGCCUCAGUCAUACCGCGACGAUCGUUGGGAGCUACCUAUUCGUUGUUGGGGGGCAUGAUGGUGUGGAGUACUCUAGUGAAGUCUUGUUAUUGAACCUUGUGACGAUGCAAUGGGACAAGAGAAAGGUCUACGGCAUGCCACCUAGCGGCCGGGGAUAUCAUGGCGCGGUACUGCAUGAUAGUAGGUUAUUCGUAAUGGGUGGUUUCGAUGGACAUGACGUAUUCAACGAUACCUACAUCCUAGAACUCGCCGUCAGCAGCUACUAUUCACAAAUCUCACACUUCACGAUAGAAGUCUAACUAACUGCCCAACCCAAACUAUAACCCAACCCCACGACCGCCACCCCACCGCCAUGCACCCACCGAUCCACGGGUUACCAUAUAGACACGACUGGAUGUUCCCUCUCUUCCUUUCCUUACUUAUUAUCCUUGUUGCCUGUUCAAUUCUAUUCAACGUCUUUUUCCACUCCCCAGGUGGGAAAAAAAAAUAUGGGCCUUUCUUCUUUUUCUCCUUCCGUUUAUCCCUCUUGAUUGAUCAGCCAUGACGCCGAAAACCUCCCUUCAUUUCAUUCCUAUCAGCGACAAAUUGUGUGACGGGUGGAUGAUUUCGAUUUAUUGAUGGAUCACUUGCUCAUGCUCGACAACGGCGCGGUGUCUUUUUUUCCCCUUAUUCUCCUUUCAUUGUCGUAAUCCUGAAUCGCGGUGUUUUCUUGGGGCGCAAACAGUUUUUUCUUUCGUUAUUCCGCUUCCUUAUCCGCCUGUGUUUUUGCGUCUUUUUUUUUGGGGGGGGGAGGCGGUUUGAGUCCGUGAUUCUUUACUCUUCUGAUCUUAUUUUUUUUUUUCACAUUUUAAAUCAAGUCAUGUAGGACGGAUGAUAUAUGUCCAAAAUCCAAGACUCCUUUUGGCUCUUGGGCAUUAGUACAGCACAGUACCUAGACUACCUA